UGGAGCCGCAGCCAUGGCGUGGACGAGGACGAGUCUGGUGGUCAUGGUGGCCUGCGCCGCGGUGAGCGGACCCAGAGCAGCGGCCGCACCCGCGAGGACCUACGUCAGGGUGCGACACUUGUACUCGGAGCCGCCGUUCGCGGCACACGCCCACGGAGGGCAGCACCACCAUCACCACCAUCAUCACCACCACCAUCACCACCUCCCGGAGGCACACGCCCCCGUGCCGCCCGCGCACCACCACGACGACGACUAUCAUCACCACCACGACGACCAUCACCACCACCACGAGGACUUCGUCAUACACGAGCACGUCGGCCCCCACCACGGGCCCCCGCACCUGCACCUGGAGUCGGCGCCCCCCGGGUCCAACCACCUCCUCCCCCUCCCCGACGACGACUACCACCCGCGGCCCGCCGCCGACGACGAGCCGUACCCCAUCGACCUGCCGGCCAGCAGCACCGGGGCGGGCUCCCUGCCCCUCGAGGACUACCGCCCCCAGCAGCCCACCCCCGGAGCGACGUUUUUGAAGUUACGUGUUCUCUUAAACAUGUUUGCUAACAAAUUUUCAAGCGUAGGAAUCCCUUAG